UCCACAGCUCUGUAGGGAAGCUGCACCAGCUGCUGGGCAAGGGAGAGUAUACGCUCCUGAAAGACGUCCCCACAUUUGAGAGUGACUUCAUACAGGUGAAGGGCCAUCCCCCUCCUCCCCAAUUCAUGGUCCGGUCCCCCACUCCUCCCUGAUUCACGGUCUGGUCCCACUUCUCCCUGAUUCAUGGUUCCCCCUUCCUGUUCUCCCCGAUGCAUGUAUGUGCCCCCUUCUCCCUGUUCUCUGAUUCAUGAAUGCUCCCCCUCUUCCUCCCUUUCCUUCUUUUCUUCCCAUGACAAUACUGUAGACCUAUUAUGUUCUGAGUGUGUAAUGAUAUCUUGAGUGACUUUGCAGGUGGGUAGAGGAAAGUAACUGGUUUUUUUUGUUCGUUUGUUUUUUUCACUACAUGAUUUUUCCAGCCUGUUUUAUCCAGUGUCACCCUUUGCCAUACGUGAUGCCCUUAUUGUCAGGCAGGUGUUGUCCUGUGUAUGUCCUUACUAAACACUUAAUAACUCUUGGAGAUCAGUCUGGCCGUGGGUUUGACAGGUGAACUUGUGCCAUGAGGUCCUGCUGGUUGGGCUGUUUGCCAUUGCUUUCCCUCCCUCAGGAUGUUCUGUAGGAACUCAGGGUUCCAGGUCCUGCAAUCAUGUGUAUGUGGUUCUCUAAAGGGUCCAGCUCAGUCUGGUGUCCAUCCCCUGUGAGCCUCACAACAAUCUACUUAUGUUGGCAGCACGAAGAACCCCUUGUCCUGAGAGGCAGACUGAGCCCUAGGGAGUGAUGUGACUUUCCAGGUCAUCAGGCUUUCAGCUCAGGGAGUUUCUGGUCUACACAGCUUUCAGGAUGGCUGUUGGCUGUGGCAUCCGGUAUGUCCCGGCCAUGCAGCAUGAGCAACUACACGUGUAGGGGUGAGGCAGGGAAGAGGGUGCAAGGAUAUAGGUGCCACCUGACCCAGAGCUCCGUGACCGCUCAGCUAUCACUCUUGCUCAGCCUUGGCUCUUCCUUGGAGUCCCCUGAAAACCCUCGAGGACCCCGAUGCCGGGUCCCUUCCCCAGGAUUUGGGUGCCGUGACUGGGCGGUCUGGGCCAUGGAGCCCCUGGCUACCCAAAAUAUGAGGGCGGGAUUCCAGCCAGUGAAUGCACCCAGACUCAAGACAUGGACUGUCCUGCUCGCUCAACCCUCAUUGAGUCAACAGACGGGGAGAGGUGAUCGACGUGCACAACACCGUGAACAUGGUGACGAUUGGCGUGGCCUACACUGGCCAGCACCUGCCAGGGCCCGAUGUCAUGCUGCUGGCUCAGCCGGCCACACAUUGUGUGGCCAGUGCCAGUGAUGACUCCGAUACCCAGAGAACGGACUUCAAGGCAGCAGAGAGCUUGGAACUGACCAGGCUGCUUCCUUUGAAGUUUGUGAAGUUAUCCAUCUAUAAUCACGACAAAAAGCAAUUCCAGCUAAAGCUUGCCACAGGCCGCUCUUUCUACCUGCAGCUGUGUCCUCCUUCCAAUUCGAAGGAAGAUGUGUUUGCCUGCUGGGAGGACCUGGUGGGCCUACUGAGGCCCCCCAUGGAGGCGUACAGCGGGACCCAGGCCCAGCCUGCGGGUGACAUGGUCUCCAUACCCGGGCUGGAGGCGGAGGACAGGAGGAGCCCAUCUGCCAUGGAGCUCCACGGACAAGGGGAUCAAGAUCAGGUCAACGGCAGCAGCCUUUCUGUGCUCAGCGAUGUGUCCCUGGCCGCCUCCCUGGCCUACACGGGUGGAGAAGGAAACCGAGCACAGGCCUCGUACUGUCUGCGCAGGAACACGCCGUCUGUCCUUAGCCCAGCCCCUCCAAGGAUGGGUCGCAGGGUGGCCCCGGGGGCAGCAGGAACUCUGCAGGCUAGCAUGAAGGGGGCCACAGUUGGCGGCACAGACAGCAGGCCUGUUGGCAACACUGUGGACAGUUCGGACGCAGGACCCUCCAUCUGGGCCAAUCCCGAUGAAGGCAGCACAAGCAAACCAGAUGGACACCAGAGACUCUCGCCGGUUCAGGCCAAAGCCCCAAGGACGAGUAAGGACAAGGAGAGAAUGCCCACCGAAAGGCUUUACCUUCUUAGCAGAAUAUGGGAAAACACAUCAUUCCUGAAGUCACAGGGAACCCCAUGGGGAGACAAAAGGGAGAAUCAGGGCAGCCUCAAGGAGCGAGGGUGUGGUUCCCUGCUGCAGGAGUACAUAAGCCUCAGCCUCACCCAGAAAGGGUCCAGGUUAUCUCAAACACUGAGGAGGAGCUUGUCUAGGACAAGGUCAGGUAGGGUGCCAUAAUCCAGGGUUGGUUUCCUUGUCCCAGCCCAUCUUGUGCAGCUUCGUCUGGUCUCCGAGGCAACACACGUGAGCCAUUCAUAGAACUCAAGGAUAUCAACUAGUAUGGAUCUCAGAUGUCAACACCGUUCACCCACCCACUUCAAAAUAGGGAAACAUAAUUUUCUCAAAGUGGGUCAAUUUAUUCCUUUCUUGAAACAAUUAAAUGCCUAGUACAUGCACUGUGAUAAUACCUGGUAUAUAUAAACAGUGAGGCAGAGUGGGGGUACAUGCCCAGAUGCAGUCUCACAGUGUGGAGACUGCUGGGGGAGUUCAGGACUCUCACAACUCAGGGUCAUUGGACAGGAGAUGAAGGGGGCAGGAUCUGCUCAGGUAGUCAUGGGACACGACCUACAAAGAUGUAGGGCAUGAAGGAGGGACUUGUCCACACCUGUGCUUAGAAUGGCCACUGCCUGAGUACGUAUGGGAAAACUGGAAUCAGAGAAACCCAUUGGGACUCUGGCCACAUAGGGGAGAGACAGAUGACAAAAGCCCUGAACAAUAGGCACAUAGAGGGGACAUGAGCAUAGACCCCAGAGAACAUGGGAAGGAUUAGAUGAGUGAGGGAUAAUCAAGAAUAUGAAAUGACACAUUUUCUCCUGGGCACGGAGAUGGUAGUGCUGUUCCUACACGUGGGGGGCAUAAAGAAGGAUGAGAAAAUGCAGAAUUAAGUGACUUAGCCUUUGUAUUUCAAGGUGUUCUAGUUUGAUAGGACAGUAUCUGAUCAUUCAUCAUUUUCUUUUAAGAUUUAUGUAUUUGUUUUAGAGAGAGCAAUCAGGGAAGGGCAGAGAGACAGGGAGAGA